UCAACCAAAGUAAGCCUUCCCUGAGCAAAUCACCUUGUACAUUGGGCGCAUUGGCUGAGGAGUUGCGUUUCGUAAAGCGUGCAUCUCGAUCCCGAGCGUCCGUAAAGCGUGCAUCUCGAUCCCGACCGUUCGUGAACGCAGCACGGCGUCCGAGCAAACAUGGCGGCGGCCCUUCUCUGCAGAGCGACCCAAGCCGUGGGCCUGCGCGGAUGGCGCGGCCUAUCUCAGCUGGCGGAGCUUCCGGAAACCCACGACAUGCUGCGGCGGACGUGCCGCGACUUUGCCGAGCGGGAGCUGAUGCCCAUCGCCGCCCGGCUGGACAAAGAGCAGACGUACCCGGCGCGGCAGAUUCUGGAGCUGGGCGCCAUGGGCGUGAUGGCCAUGGAGGUCCCCGAGGAGCUGGGCGGCGCCGGCAUGGACUAUCUGGCGUACAGCGUGGCCACGGAGGAAAUCAGCCGCGGCUGCGCCAGCACCGGCGUGGUCGUCUCCGUCAACAACUCUCUCUACUUGGGCCCGAUCCUGAAGUUUGGUUCUGAGGAGCAGAAGCAGAAGUGGAUCACUCCUUUCACCGAUGGCCGUCGGGUGGGCUGCUUCGCCCUCAGCGAGCCAGGCAACGGCAGCGACGCGGGCGCCGCAUCCACGCUGGCGCAUCAAGACGGCGACCAUUGGGUUCUGAACGGCACCAAAGCGUGGAUCACCAACAGCUGGGACGCCGCCGCCGCCAUCGUCUUUGCCACCACCGACAGAAAGCUGAAGCACAAGGGCAUUAGUGCCUUCUUGGUGCCCAUGCCCCACCCGGGCCUGUCGCUGGGCAAAAAGGAGGACAAGCUGGGCAUCAAGGCGUCGUCCACCGCCAACAUCAUUCUGGAGGACUGCAGGAUCCCGCCGGCCAACAUGCUGGGCCCCCGCGGCGCCGGAUUCAAGAUAGCCAUGCAAACUCUGGACAGCGGGCGCAUCGGCAUCGCCGCUCAGGCGCUGGGCAUCGCUCAGGCCUCGCUGGACUGCGCCGCCGAUUACGCGCACAAGCGCGUCGCCUUUGGCGCCCCCAUCGGGAGGCUGCAGGCUAUACAGUUCAAGCUGGCCGACAUGGCGCUGGCCAUUGAGAGCGCUCGCCUGCUGACGUGGAAAGCGGCCCUGCUGCGCGACGCCGGGCGACCUUUCACCAAGGAAGCCGCCAUGGCCAAAUUGGCCGCCUCCGAGGGCGCCACCUUCUGCUCCCAUCAGGCCAUCCAGGUCCUGGGCGGGAUGGGCUACGUGACGGACAUGCCCGCCGAGCGCCACUAUCGCGACGCUCGUAUUACCGAGAUCUAUGAGGGCACCAGCGAGAUCCAGAGGCUGGUCAUCGCAGGACAGCUACUCAAGGACUAUUCCUAAGGCUAGACCUCAACGUACGGACCCGCCUGCAAAACAUCCUAGCGGAACACAACAGUGUCAACAAAACAUGACCAUGUGCCUCUUUUGUUUGGCUCACGCUAAAUGUUAACGCCUCGUUUUCUCUGAUUUAUGGAUUGUUAUGGCCAUUGGCAAGCUAAGCAUUUGGACAAAUCACGUGUGCCUCAAGCCAAAUCCCGAUUGGGAACAUGCCAAAUGAAAUACACGCCCUUUUGUAAGCCGCCAGUAGGUCCUUCCCUCCAGGCCCUUUUCUGGCCCCAGUGACAGAUGAACAUUCAAUCCAUACGAUGACGCCUCGCAAAUGACGUCAGCAAAGCAAAAAUAAACACGUGCCCCGCACCACAUAGUGUAGCCUAUCGAUGAGAAGAAAUCUGGAAGAAGCCCCGCAGGAGCCCAAAGACUCCACCAUCCAGUGCGCCAGCCACACCUGCAGACGCAAGAAAUGUCCAGCAGAUGGCAGCAGGACGCAACAAACGGCGUCAGAACGCCAAGGAGUGAAACUGACCAAACUAAAACCCGUGUGAAAACAAAAACAACAAAGCUAUGUUGAUGUUAAGCUGUAUUUAUAUACGAAAAUGGAUGGAUAUUUUAUUUUUUUGGAUGAAGUGCAUGUGGGGACGCGCACAUCGUUAAAAAAAUAGGAUGCAUCGGGUACACGUAUGCAUGUUUAUGUAAAUAAAUAGCAAUACCUAUA